GAUUUAACAACGCAUUAAAGUUCAAAUUAUAUUGUAAUCCAUGAGUGGAACGUAAAGCAAGUGUUCCAAAAAUCGCGCAUUUUCUUACAAAUCUGAAAAAAAAAAGCAAACUGCCGGCCAAUACAAAUCGUAAGACAUAUAUAUAAUCUACGACAUAUUGAACUAAAAGCUUGACAUUAUUCUCCACGGGUUUCAUUGCCGGGUCAGAAGGGUGAUUAAAUCCAAGACACGGGAAAAAAUGAUGUCCUUUUCUUCUUGCAACGUUCUGUGAUGGCCUUGGAUCCCGCCGACUGCCGGAGCUUCGCCGCUUGUUCGGCCGCCGUUGCUUGUUUCCACUUCUUUCGCCAGCUUCGCGUCCUCUCGAUCCGCAUUGCUGCACUGUUCUGGUAGCCUUGGAAAAUGGGCGAUUCGGUGAAUGUGGUGCUAGAGUUCCUUCGAAAGAACCGGUUCAGAAAGGCUGAAGCUAGUCGGCCUGAUUUGAAUGGUUUCUUGCGGAAAAACUGCUCCGAGGAAGAGGAGGUGAGAGUGGAAGGUAAAUCCUCUCCUUUGAAACAGCGUGAAGCGUCCCAGGAGUUCAUUAUUAAGGAGAUCGAGGUUGGAAAUGGGACUAAGAGUAAGAAUGGUCUUCACAAAAACCAGGGCCAUCAGGUCAGCGAGAGCAGCAUGGCUGAUCUAUACCCUUGGAAUUUCAUUGACAUUGAUUGUAAUGCCAACUCUGUUUCUAACGAUAAUGCUGUGCUAACAAACAGCUUUUCCGAUCUCUUAAUAUCUGAUGAGAAGAGAUUUGGAAAAGGCUCAUGGGUGGGCAGUAGAAAGAAUUCAGUUCUUGAAACUAAACUGGAUUUGAUGGGGAAGCAGAGUACCUCCUAUGGUACUCGUAGCGUCGAAUUAAAGCCUGGAAACAACCAAACAAGUGAAUCCAAAGCCAGUUGUUCUUACCCAAAUGACCAUUUUCUUGAGAAUCCAUGGUCCACAUCUGAGGAGGCAACAAAAGAGUGCUCAGUGAAGACUGUUCUUCCAUUUUCUUAUGAUAACCAAUAUUCUAGCCAUGACUGUGUUCUUGAAGAUGCUGGUGAUAGAAAGGAUAGAAAGAAGAAACAUGCCCAUCGAGAUUGUAGUGAAGGUUUUAAGGAGCAAUUAGUUGAUGUAAUCAGGCCUUAUAAUUCUGAGGUCUCUCUAGUAGUUAACGACCAUGCUCUUGAUAUACCACCCAUAGAUGAUAAUCACAGGGAAGAACUGCCAAGAUUGGCUCCUGUAAGGCUCAAGUCUGAAGAAAAGUUAACAAAUCUUAAUUGGGAAGAGAAGGCUGACCACCAUGGUUUUGGAGGGACGCAUAAUAGAGUGAUGCACAAUAGUGCAGACAAUACAUUUAUGAUUGGAUCGUUUUUAGAUGUCCCUGUUGGGCAAGAGAUUAAUGCAUCAGGUGGAAAGCGGACUAGUGGAGGCAGUUGGCUUUCGGUAAGUCAAGGAAUUGCAGAAGAUACUUCUGAUUUGGUUUCUGGUUUUGCCACUGUCGGGGAUGACUCUAUGGACUAUCCGAAUGAGUACUGGGAUUCUGAUGAGUAUGAAGAUGAUGAUGAUGCUGGAUACAUGAGACAGCCUAUUGAAGAUGAAACAUGGUUUUUGGCACAUGAGAUAGACUAUCCAAGUGACAAUGAGAAAACCACUGGCCAUGGGAGUGUUCCUGAUCACCAAGACCGUGCCCUAAGGAAGGAUGACGAUGAUGAUCAAUCUUUUGCUGAAGAGGCUUCUUACUUGUCUGGGGAGCAAUAUUUCCAUAGGAAGAAUGCUGAGCAAGUUACUUGCUCUGAUAGACCCUUGGGUUCAUUGUUUGAAAUAUAUGGAAAACCAGAUGAUAAUAAUCUGAUUACUCAGUAUGAUGGAGAGUUGAUGGAUGUUGAAGAGCUAAAUUUAAUGCGUGCUGCUUGGCAGGGCUUUGUUAACCAGGGAAAUGAGCUCAUUAUGCUAGAAAAUGGGAAGGCCUUUAAUGAACGAGAACUAUCACGGCCUGCUCAUCUGAUGGAUGAUGCACACCAUAGUUCUGUAAGGUCAGUUGGGGUGGGCAUAAACAGUGAAGCUGCUGAUAUUGGCAGCGAAGUUCGUGAAAGUUUAGUUGGUGGUAGUAGUGAAGGUGAUCUCGAGUAUUUUCAUGAUCUUGAUACAGGCAUAAGUGGUUCUGGGCACUCUAAAUCUAAUACCAGUACAAGUUUUUUAGUUCAGUCGAAGAUGGACAUGUCUAAGAAAACUAAACCCAAUUCUAAUAAAUAUCUUAUGACUUCUGAUAAUGCAAAGGAAGCCCAUUUUGUUGAUGUUGGCUUUUCUUUUCCACACCCAGUGCAAAAAGGGGAUAAUUUGGGGGUGAAUUCAGGUAAAUCAUUGUGGUCAAGUAAGGGUGAUAUCGCUGUUGAUGAUGUUAAUGAAGAAUAUGGAAAGGCCAUUGGUGCGGAGGAUAUGCUAGCCACAUGGAGACGAAAAAGCGGCAAUUCUUCACCUGUAAGGAGCUCUAGAGAUGAAAGAUUUUCUGAUACUGUUAGAUCUAGAAAUUCAAGUGGUUCAUCAGCGUCAAACUCUGCCUAUGAUGAAAGAGAGACAUUCAGAAAUGUACGUGAAGGCAAAAUGAAGAAUGAAAGGGAAGAGGAACCGGGCAUAACUCUAGAGGAUGAAGAAUCAGCUGCAUUGCAGGAGCAAGUAAGACAGAUAAAAUCACAGGAAGAGGAAUUUGAAACUUUCAAUCUCAAGAUUGUGCACAGAAAGAACAGGACUGGCUUUGAAGAAGACAAAAAUUUUCAUGUUGUUCUUAAUUCAGUAAUUGCUGGGCGUUACCAUGUUACAGAAUAUCUUGGGUCAGCUGCGUUCAGCAAAGCGAUCCAGGCACAUGACCUGCACACUGGUAUUGAUGUAUGUGUGAAGAUUAUAAAGAACAAUAAAGAUUUUUUUGACCAGAGCCUUGAUGAAAUUAAGCUUCUGAAAUUUGUUAAUAAGAACGAUCCUGCUGACAAGUACCACAUUUUGCGCCUGUAUGAUUACUUCUACUACAGGGAGCACUUGCUGAUUGUUUGCGAACUUCUUAAGGCAAACUUGUAUGAAUUUCACAAAUUCAACAGAGAAUCUGGAGGGGAGGUUUACUUUACCAUGCCAAGGCUGCAGUCAAUUACUAUUCAGUGUUUGGAGGCACUUCAGUUUUUGCAUGGCCUUGGCCUCAUUCAUUGUGAUCUGAAACCUGAGAACAUUUUGGUAAAAAGCUAUAGUAGGUGUGAGGUAAAAGUGAUUGACCUUGGUAGCAGUUGUUUUGAAACAGAUCAUCUCUGUUCUUAUGUGCAAUCACGCUCAUAUCGUGCACCGGAAGUUAUUUUGGGGCUCUCUUAUGGCAAAAAGAUUGACAUAUGGUCACUUGGAUGCAUCUUAGCUGAACUUUGCACCGGCAAUGUAUUAUUUCAGAAUGAUUCUCCCGCUACUUUGCUUGCUCGAGUAAUUGGCAUCAUUGGCCCCAUAGACCAAACAAUGCUUGCUAGAGGACAUGACACAUACAAAUAUUUUACUAAAAACCACAUGUUAUACGAAAGGAACCAGGUUUGAACUUAUUCCUUUUAU